CUGGUGGCCCCCGUGGAGGACCUGGAUGGGAGGGCCUGUCUGACCCACGGUCGACCCCUGGAGCUGUACAGCAGGGCGGAGGGGCGUUGUGUCUGUGCUCUCUGCAUGGAGGAGGGUCACGAAGUCGUCUCCACAGAAACGGAGUGGGACAAGAAGAAGGUGAGGUCAUAAUUCCUAAGGGUUCAAUGAUGGCUGUAAAUGUUUCGCUGUGUUUCCAUGUGUAUAGUAUUGGGUGAGUCUGAAGGAAAGUGUGUAUUGAGUGAUUAUUACAUACAAUUACAUCAACUAUGAUAAAACUAAGAUAUCAUUUCCUUUUCUUUCCGUGUUUUUGAAUAUCCAAGGGUGAGCUGGUCAGCAGCCAAGCUGAGAUGCAGGAAAGGAUCCUGGAGAGAGAGAGAAAGGUGGAGGAGAUCAGGGAAUCCAUGGACCUCUGCAAGGUGAGUCCUGAGUGAUUCAGAGUGAGGUAAUACAUGUCUACCUGCAAACACAGAGCUGUGCUGUAACAGUGCUCUACAAGAAGAGAGAGAGCGAGAGCAAAGAUAGUAAAAAAAACUAGGCUUUGUGCACAAAGACAUGAGGUAUAUACACCACCGGUCAAAAGUUUUAGAACACCUACUUAUUCAAGGUUUUUAAAUAUUUUCUACAUUGUAGCAAUAAUAGUGAAGACAUCAAAACUAUGAAAUAACACAUAUGGAAUCAUGCAGUAGCCAAAAAAGUGUUAAACAAAUCAAAAUAUAUUUUAUAUUUGAGAUUCUUCAAAUAGCCACCCUUUGCCUUGAUGACAGCUUUGCACACUCUUGGCAUUCUCUCAACCAGCUUCAUGAGGUAGUCACCUGGAAUGCAUUUCAAUUAACAAGUGUGCCUUCUUAAAAGUUAAUUUGUGGAAUUGAUUUCCUUCUUAAUCCGUUUGAGCCAAUCAGUUGUGUUGUGACAAGGUAGGGGGGGUAUACAGAAGAUAGCCCUAUUUGGUAAAAGACCAAGUCCAUAUUAUGGCAAAAACAGCUCAAAUAAGCAAAGAGAAACGACAGUCCAUCAUUACUUUAAGACAUGAAGGUCAGUCAAUACGGAACAUUUCAAGAACUUUGUACGUUUCUUCAAGUGCAGUCUCAAAAACCAUCAAGCGCUAUGAUGAAACUGGCUCUCAUGAGGACCGCCACAGGAAUAGAAGACCCAGAGUUACCUCUGCUGCAGAGGAAAAGUUCAAUAGAGUUAACAACCUCAGAAAUUGCAGCCCAAAUAAAUGCUUCUCAGAGUUCAAGUAACAGACACAACUCAACAUCAACUGUUAUAUAAUAAUAAUAAUAAUAAUAAUAAUAUGCCAUUUAGCAGACGCUUUUAUCCAAAGCGACUUACAAUCAUGCGUGCAUACAUUUUUUGUGUAUGGGUGGUCCCGGGGAUCGAACCCACUACCUUGGCGUUACAAGCACCGUUCAGAGGAGACUGUGUGAAUCAGGCCUUCAUGGUUGAAUUGCUGCAAAUAAACCACUACUAAAGGACACCAAUAAUAAGAAGAGACUUGCUUGGGCUGAGAAACAUGAGUAAUGGACAUUAGACUGGUGGAAAUUUGUCAUUUGGUCUGGAGUCCAAAUUGGAGAUUUUUGGUUCCAACCGCCAUGUCUUUGUGAGACGCAGUGUGGGUGAACGGAUGAUCUCCGCAUGUGUAUUUCCCACCGUAAAGCAUGGAGGAGGUGUUAUGGUGUGAGGGUUCUUUGCUGUCUGUGAUUUAUUUAGAAUUCAAGGCACACUUAACCAGCAUGGCUACCACAGCAUUCUGCAGCGAUACGCCAUCCCAUCUGGUUUGGGCUUAGUGGGACUAUCAUUUGUUUUUCAACAGGACAAUGACCCAACAAGGGCUACUUGACCAAGAAGGAGAGUGAUGUAGUGCUGCAUCAGAUGACCUGGUCUCCACAAUCCCCUGACCUCAACCAAAUUGAGAUGGUUUGGGAUGAGUCGGACCGCAGAGUGAAGGAAAAGCAGCCAACAAGUGCUCAGCAUAUGUGGGAACUCCUUCGAGACUGUUGGAAAAGCAUUCCAGGUGAAGCUGGUUGAGAGAAUGCCAAGAGUGCGCAAAGCUGUCAUCAAGGCUGUCACGCCCUGACAUUGAGAUCUCUAGUUGAGUUGGUCAGGGUGUGAAAUCUAGUUUAUAUAUUUCUAUGUUGGCCGGGUGUGGUACCCAAUCAGAGGCUGCUGUCGGUCGUUGUCUCUGAUUGGGGAUCAUACUUAGGCAGCCAUGUUGCCUACCUUAGUUGUGGGAUCUUGUUUCUGUUUGGCUUGUUUGAUGUUUAGCCUCUCGAACUUCAAGUUCUGUUGGAUUUUGUUAUUUUGUCGGUGUUUAUUAAAAUAAACGACUAUGUACGCAUACCACUCUGCACCUUGGUCCGAUCCUUUACACAACGAACGUGACAGAAGAUCCCACCACCAAUGGACCAAGCAGCGUGGCCAGGAGGAGCAGACAUGCUGGACACAGGUGGGGAAAACAUUCUGGACACAGGAGGAGAUAUUGGCCGGUGGGACCCUGGGCGAAGGAAGAAGCCCAGCCAAGAGAGAAAAAACGGCGACUCAAAAGUUCCCGCUCACGAAGGAAGCCCGAGAGGCAGCCCCAAUAAAAAAAAAAUUGGGGGGCACACGGGGUGGUUGACGGAGCAGCAGGAGGCCCUGGAAGGGCUGAUUGUGGAGAGGGAGAUGUCGAGAGAAGAAGCCGCUAUGAUAGAUGCCCUCCAAGACCCGCAGCUCAGUACUCUGAGAGAGGAGACCACCGCCUUACAGGAGCUGUUAGUUAAGAGGGAGCAGAUGCUCUCCCUUCAGAAGGAGGCGCUGCAGGAGGCCCACAGGGAGAAGGAGUCAGUGGAUGCACGGAGAGAGGAGCUGGCCAGGCAACAGGAGGAGCUGAGAGAGGAGUUAACCCUCCAGCAGCAGAGAGCUCAGGCCUUAGAGCAGAGGCUGGCGGAGCCAGGUUUAGCAUAGCCAACUCCCCGCACUCGCUUUGAGGAGCGUGUGACCGUGCAGGCACCAGGCUAUGCGCCGGCUUUACGCACUGUGCCACCAGUGCGCCUUCACAGACCGGUACGGCCCGUGCCUGCUCCUCGCACCAAACCAGUGGUGCGUGUCUCCAGCCCGGUACGGCCUGUGCCUGCUCCUCGCACCAAACCAGUGGUGCGUGUCUCCAGCCCGGUGCGCCCCGUACCUGCUCCUCGCACCAAACCAGUGGUUCGUCUCCCCAGCCUGGUACGGCCCGUUCCUGCUCCUCGCACCAAACCAGUGGUGUGUGUAUCUAGUCCGGUGCGCCCCGUACCUGCUCCUCGCACCAAACCAGUGGUGCGUGUCUCCAGUCCAGUAUGGCCCGUACCUGCUCCUCGCACCAAACCAGCGGUGCGUGUAUCUAGUCCGGUGUGCCCAGUACCUGCUCCUCGCACCAAACCAGUGGUGCGUGUCUCCAGUCCAGUAUGGCCCGUACCUGCUUCUUGCACCAAACCAGUGGUGCGUGUCCCCAGCCUGGUACGGCCCGUGCCUGCUCCUCGCAUCAAACCAGAGGUACGUGUCUCCAGCUCGGUGCGCCCCGUACCUGCUCCUCGCACCAAACCAGUGGUGCGAGUCUCCAGUCCGGUACAGCCCGUACCUGCUCCUCGCACCAAACCAGUGGUGCGUGUCCCCAGCCUGAUACGACCCGUGCCUGCUCCUCGCACCAAACCAGUGGUGCCUGUCUCCAGCCCGGUGCGCCGCAUACCUGCUCCUCGCACCAAACCAGUGGUGCGUGUCUCCAGCCCGGUGCACCCCAUACCCGCUCCUCGCACCAAACCAGUGGUGCGUAUCUCCAGUACGGUACGGCCCGUGCCUGCUCCUCGCACCAAACCAGUGGUGCGUGUCCACAGCCCAGUGCGUCAUGUGCCAGCGCCAGUGAUGAUCCAUGGCACGAAGCCACCAGUGAUGAUCCAUGGCACGAAGCCUCCAGAGAUGAUCCAUGGCCUGAAGCCUCCAGUGAUGAUCCAUGGCCCGAAGCCUCCAGUGAUGAUCCAUGGCACGAAGCCUCCAGUGAUGAUCCAUGGCACGAAGCCUCCAGUGAUGUUCCAUGGCACGAAGCCUCCAGUGAUGAUCCCUGGCAAGUAGCCUCCUGUGAUGGUCCAUGGCCCGGAGCCUAGUCCAGCUCCAGUCAGCUGCUCCACUCCAGUGCCAGAGCAGUCCGCUCCACCGGUGCCAAGUCCAGCUCCGGUCAGCUGCUCCACUCCAAUGCCAGAGUAGUCCGCUCCACCGGUGCCCAGUCCAGCUCCGGUUAUCUGCUCCCUACCAGAGCCGGGGAAGUCCACUUCACUGGUGCCCAGCCCGGGUCCGGUCGUCUAUUCUUCCCCCAUGCCGGAGCCAUCCGCUCCACCGGGGUCCGAGCCGGAGCCAGACGUCAACCCCUCUCCAGGGUCGGGGUCUCCCACACCAGGGUCCAGACAGGACUUGGUGCAUCGCGGGAGGACUGCUGGGCCGGGACCAGACGUCAGCGCCUCUCCAGGGUCCAGAUAGUGCUUGGUGCAUUGUGGGAGGACUGAGAGGGGGAGCAUCGCGCUGGGGUCCAGACCGGACCGGGCGUGCAAAGGGGAGGCAGGAUGGGAGAAGAGUUUACUGCCUACGUCAGGUCCGAAGCCGGAGCCGGAGCCGCCACCGAGGCUAGAUGUCCACCCGGACCCUCCCCUAAUGAGUCAGGUUUUUGCGGCCGGACUGUCACGCCCUGACAUUGAGAUCUCUAAUAGAGUUGGUCAAGGUGUGAAAUCGAGUUUAUAUAUUUCUAUGUUGGCCAGGUGUGGUUCCCAAUCAGAGGCAGCUGUCGGCCGUUGUCUCUGAUUGGGGAUCAUACUUAGGCAGCCAUGUUGCCUACCUUAGUUGUGGGAUCUUGUUUCUGUUUGGCUUGUUUGAUGUUUAGCCUCUCGAACUUCAAGUUCUGUUGGAUUUUGUUAUUUUGUCGGUGUUUAUUAAAAUAAACGACUAUGUACGCAUACCAUGCUGCAACUUGGUCCGAUCCUUUACACAACGAAUGUGACAAAGGCAAAGGGUGGCUAUUUGAAGAAUCUCAAGUAUAAAAUAUAUUUUGAUUUGUUUAACACUUUUUUGGUUACUACAUGAUUCCGUAUGUGUUAUUUCAUUGUUUUGAUGUCUUCACUAUUAUUCUGUAUGAGUCAGAGUAAGGUACUACAAGUCUACAUGCAGAUACAGAGAUGGAGGACUGUAACAGUGAGAUAGUUCAACAUGAGACAGAGACCUGUUGCUCAUAGAGAGGGACAAGAGAUACAGAGCGUGAGACAUGCAUACAUAAAGAGACCUGGAGACAAAGCACAGAUAAAGGUAAAGUGAGAAAGACAGAGAGGCAAACACAGAGAGGGAAUGAGAUAGACAUUGAGGUGAUACUGAGUUGUUGUCCACCAUCUAUCUCUUUAGGCCCAACUGGAUAGGGAGAGGAGGGAGAUAGACUCUGUGUUUGAAGUGGUUAUGAUAGCUGUAGAGGAGACCCAGCGAGAGGCUCUCAGGCCCCUGGAGGAGAGGCAGCAGGAUGUGGAGAGAGAGGCAGGAGAACUCACCCAGGAGCUGCAGAGAGAGAUCAGACAACUGAGAGACAUCAUCGAUCAACUGGAGGACGUUGCUAACCUAGAGGAUCACAUUCACUUCCUGCAGGUGAGUGACUUUACUUGAACUUAAACCAUUUUGGUCUAUGAGGAGCAUAGGUCAUCCACAAAUGAUUCCUCCCGGCACCGCAUUGUAUCGCUCUAGUUGACUGAACAGUCUGCAAGCUGCUCGCACUCUUUUUUGUGCUAGAUGAUUGAGUAGUCUGCAAGCUGCUCGCACUCUUUUUUGUGCUAGAUGAUUGAAUAGUCUGCAAGCUGCUCGCACUCUGUAUUGGGCUAGGUGACUGAAAAGUCUGCAAGCUGUUCCUAAGUUGGUUUAUGCAUGUGUUUGUGUACCAGUAUGUGUGAAAUGGAUGGAUUGUACUGGGCUGGGUUGUCUAUUGUCUGUCAAAUUGUUUUUGAAUUAGAAUUAUAUAAUUAUACACUAUAAUGAUAUAAUGAAAUAAAGCUGUUGAAUCAUCUUUCUCUGUGACACUGUCUCUCUUUUCCUCUCUCUCCCUCUCUCCCCUCCCCUCUUCUAUCCAUAUGUCUCUCCACCAGACCUUCCCAUCUCUGUCAUGGCUGGGUGAUGGUAGAGACUGGACUGAGGUCUCUCUUGAUACCAAAGUCUCCUUUGGCACCAUGAGAAGC